CCGAAUCCGCGCACGGGCGCGGAGCGUGCCUCUUUGUUGGCGCCGCGGCUGCCCGCCUCAUUAGCCGCACCCAAACACAAACACUUGUCGGCUAUCUGUCGUUGCCAUGGCGACAGCCAGGUGGCGGGCGUGAGAUGCAGCCGACGCCACCGCGGUAGCGAGCAAACGAGGCGCGUGGGCCUGCGGCGCUGCACUGGUGCCCCGGGCGCUUCCGAUAUCAGAUGUCAAAGCGCAAGCGACUGUCGCGGCACCCGCCGAUGCGGCGCCCGGUCGGCGCGCCGGGGCUGCUGGCCGAGUCGUGCCCUGGACCAGUGCGGCCCGCCAGCCGAGGAGCGGAGCCGAGUGUCAGCGCGCACCUCGCCGCCACCCGCCAGCCUCGAGGCCCCGCAGCCGGCCGGCCCCCCGCCGCCAGUGGAAGCUCAGGGGCACGGGGCAGACGUCCCCACGAGCGGAGCGGUCGGCCGCCGCCUGCAGCCUGCCGUUCAGGAGGGCGGCGGCAGCGAACAGGAGCUCACCCCGGAUCAUCAGGCAGCUGUGCAGAGCGAGGAGGCGGGAGGCGAGCUGGAGCCGGCGCCCUCGCCCGGCGUGGGCACGCAGACGGACGGCCCGGCGCUGGUCACCGCCGGAGAGCGAAUGGAGCAGCGCACCGCGGAGCGAACUGUCCAUACAGACUAUGAGAUGUGCGACUCGAUGACGGAGGAGAGAAACGCGCCCUCAGAGGAGGCCCCGGCCCCGGCCGACCACACCGGCUCGGAGCCCAUGCAGGAUGACCAGAUGUCCGACUGCGGCACGGACACCGGCUCGCUGGAGAGCAUCAGUGACCUGCCGGACGCCGAGAGCGGCCAGCAGCUGGCCUGCCCGUCUCGCGACUGCGAGCAGACCUUCCUCAGCCCGAAGGCGUUCACGCAGCACCUCCGCUCGCACAACAAGAGCCUGGUGGACGCGGGUGGCCAGCACGCGUGCGGCAUCUGCCAGAAGCCGCUCAGCUCGGCGGCGUCGCUGGACCGCCACAUGCUGACGCACACCGGCUACAGGCCGUUUUGCUGCCGGCUCUGUGGCCUGCGCUUCACCACCAACGGCAACAUGCACCGGCACCUGCGCGGCUCGCACUGCGGCGAGGAGGGCGCGCGGCGGGCCUGCAAGCGGCGCGGCAGUGGCGAC